CCCGGGCAGUGUCUGAGGGAGCGCGGGGCCGGGCGGGAGGCUGGUGUGUGGUGCUGAGGGGGGUGUCCUCCCUUCCCUGUGGCCCGUGACGUAGGAAGGGCAUUUUCCACCUUCCUGGGCGUGGGCGCCGUUCAUUUUUACAGCUGGGAAGGCUUGUCUUGCGGUGGUUGAGUGAGGUCUCAGAGGUGAGAAGCUUCUGAGGGCUACAGGUAUAAUAAAAACAUGACUCCACAAAAAGAACAGUUGGGAGAGGAGUGUCUUGCUCCAGUGUUCAUUUAAAUUACAGAUGAAAACUUCAGUCUGGAGGUGUUUUACAAAGGCAUGGCUCAACUUUGGCUGGAGGUGGUUUAAAUAUGGUGAGCCCCUUUGUAGGGCCUGUUGAAAGUCUUGUUAGGCUGGAUGACAGCGCUUCAGAGCAUUGCUUUUGAAGACUCAUGUUUCAUCGAAAUAGGCACACAAUAUUACUAAUUACCACAUAUUGCAACCUCAGGAGUGGUCUGUGCUGGUGUGAGCAUCAAGAAGCUAAUAAUGGGGGAUUACUAAUAAACUGCUCUGUUUCCUUACAGUUCUGGGCUCUGACCAGAUCCAUAUGAAUUUAGCAGGGAGGAUUUGCAGGUGCUGGUUUGUUAAAGCUGAAUAGCCACAGUUGGGGUUUGUGUGUGGUUGUACAUGUGCUAACGCAGGUGUUUUAUUAGCAUCCAGAAGAGUACCUGCAAAAUGGCAACUGCUCAGAAGCAAAGGAAUUGUGUGAGUGCAGUUGUAUUUCCUAAUAAAAUAUCUACUGAACAGCAAUCCCUGAUGCUAGUGAAGAGGCUCCUGGCAGUAGCAGUGUCCUGCAUUACAUACCUGAGAGGAAUCUUUCCUGAAAGUGCCUAUGGAACAAGAUACAUGGAUGAUGUGUCUGUCAAAAUUCUGAGGGAAGACAAGAACUGUCCUGGCUCCACUCAGCUGGUGAAAUGGAUGUUAGGAUGCUACGAUGCCUUGCAGAAGAAAUAUCUAAGAAUGAUUGUCCUAGCAGUCUAUACCCAUCCAGAAGAUCCUCAGACAAUUACAGAAUGUUACCACUUCAAAUUCAAGUACACCCACAAUGGGCCACUCCUGGAUUUCAGCAGUAAGAAUAAAAGGGAUGAUUCCACAAUCACCUGUGCAGACACCAAGAAAGCAAGUAUCCUCCUCAUUCGCAAGAUUUAUGUUCUGAUGCAAAACCUGAGUCCAUUACCAAAUGAUGUUUGCCUGACUAUGAAGCUGUUUUAUUAUGAUGAAGUUACACCACCUGAUUACCAACCUCCUGGUUUUAAAGAGGGUGAAUGUGAGGGGAUGAUAUUUGAGGGGGAGCCGAUGUAUCUGAAUGUAGGUGAAGUGCCAACGCCUUUUCAUAUGCUGAAAGUUAAAGUUACAACGGAAAAACAACGAAUGGAAAAUGCUGAUAAAAGCAUUCUAAAGCGUGGAGGGAGUGACAUGCCUCUCCACAUGCUCAAAGUGGACAGAGAUGAGCCAGAAGAAGAGAGCCAGGACAUGAAUGAAGAUCCUGUCUUGGAUAAUAAAUUGGAAGAUAGGAAUAAUGUAAAUAUUUCAGAUGCUCAAGAACCAGAUUUAACUUGUGAAGAAGAUGACGUUACAAAGGCUGGAGGGAGCCAGGAUCUGUGUGUUUCUAAUCCUCAGGUCGAUCAUUUGGCAAGUAAGACAUCUGAACUUAAUAUGUCAGAGAGCAGGACAAGAAGUGGAAAGGUCUUUCAAACCAGCACUGUUCAUCAGUUUGAACUCUCAUCGAGCCAAGACAUGCUGCCAAAAAGGAGGAAGAUCAGUGAGCCGAAGGAGCAGUUUUAGAUGCCAGUCUCCCUGCCGUUUGUUCAGAGUUCACACCACUUCCAGUUUGUUGUUUACUGUGAGCGUUCAUAGUUAAAUGUCGUUUAGGGAUUUGGUUCUGUUCUAUUUGUGGUCAAAAUGGAGAGUUGUAGGGAGAGAAAAUCCGUCAAGAAGCCCAGCUCUAGAAAUCAGAACUUAUUUUCUGUAGGCGGCCGUACCCCAUUGGGAAGGACAGAAGGAACCCGAGUACCGACGUAACCGAGGGGCUGUCUGGGGCCGGUGACUUGCCGGCUUCACUCCCUGCUUGCACUGUGCUUACAUCCUGACGGUGGUUCCGCGCCUGUUCCUUACCCGCAGCACAGGGCUUCCCCAGUGACUCGGGGCUUAGCCAGGGGCGUCCUUGCCCAGGGCCUGUCCUGGGGGCACGAAGCCCCUUGCGCCGGGGGGGAGUUCAGAGCUUCACGCAGCAGGGCACCAUGGCCCGUUAGGGCGAUGCUACGUUUUGUGGAGUUACUAUUGGGACAGUUGGGGGGGCUGGAUCUUUGCGUUUCUUCCGGACUGAAGGCACUGGACUCGAGUGAACAAGCAGUGUGCACGCCUUCAGUUAUCCAUUUCAUGCCAAAACGCUGGAAUAAAACGCAGUAUUAAUCUGUGGCAGGGGUCUGUGGUGAGGGUGGGCGGUUCUCUGGAGACCCCUGUGUGUGCUCAAGUGGUUCCUUGCUGAAGUUGGCCAUGGUGCCAUUUUUUUAAAAAACUAAAUUUUUUUCCUGUGCUGUACAGGGAGCGAGGCUGUGUCCGUGUGGGGAAGAGCAGCUGCCGUCCGCGGGUGGGGACUGCUGAACGUUUCAUGAUGUUAUUUCACCUUUUUAAUUAAGAAUGUCUUUGUGGUUCCUCAGUUAAA